GCUAGUGGUCGCCAUUAUAUGGUUGACCUUCAAAAGCAGAGCUGUGAAUGCAACGAAUUCAACGAGGACCAGAUGCCGUGUUCUCAUGCGAUUGCAGCCAUUACUGAGGCGAACGAGUCAGUGGAGGAUUACGUGCACUCUUACUACUGGAACAGUUCACUAGUUGACACAUACUCUGGUGACGUUAACCACUUGCCUCCCAUAGAGAAUUGGAAUAUUCCUUUCCGAAUUGCAUCUCAGCUUAUUUUACCAAAUCUCUCUCGGCGACAAGCUGGUCGUCCAAAGGAAACUCGAGUUCGAUCCGCAGGUGAAAGACCGACUCAAAACACAUCAACAGCGGAGGCAUCAACUAGUAGCAAGAAACGAGCACCCAAAACGUGUGGUCUAUGUGGCGGGUCUGGUCACACACGUCGAUCGUGCAAGGGUACGGCCACCGAUGCGUAGUCGUAUUUAUUUUUCUGUUUUAUUUAAGUUCAUUUAGAGUU